AUGAAUCCACAUUCAAGAGCAUCAAAAAUUUUAUCCCUUGCUGGGGUAAGCUUGACAGGAGAAACUUUAGAGCCAGAACCUGUUAACAUUGUAAGGGAAAUUAACGAAAACGACGUUUUCACGGAGUUUGGACCUGCACUUAAUGAUGAUGACGUAUUGCUUCAAAUGGCUGAUGAGGCAGUCGAAAACUUGCUAAGAAGUUCAGAAAAUCCAUCAAUCGAUUUGCCUAAACAACUUCCUAACUUUGGAGAUGAAACUUGUAAUCCAAAAAGCCAAUAUAAUGAAAUUAAUACUUUGCCAGAGCUAUUAAAUUUAGAAAGUAGUGAAGAUUUUGAGGAGCAAACAGUGAAUGUUGAUGACCCAGCUGAUCCGACCUAUGUUAUUCCACAUGAAGAAGAACCAAAUUCUUCCGACUCUGAAGGAGAUAGUGAAGAAAAUGAAGCCCUUGUGCCUAGAGCUGAUGAAGGUGAAAUUCAAGAAAAUGAAGGAAUAAAUGAAAGCAAAAGCAGAAGAAAGAGACGUCACGUAAAUCAAAAUGAAUGGAAAAAGAACUCUGAAAAACUUAAAAGGCAAUCAGGACAACAGUAUUUGGGAAAACGGAAAAAUGAAGGAAACUGGGACUAUAAAAUAGUUAAAAAACCGAAGAGUGUGGGAGAUAAGUGUAAAUGUGACAAAAAAACUACCCUAAAGUGCAAGGAACUAACAAACGAUGACAGAGCUAAACUUUUUGAUCAUUUCUGGAAGCUGACGUGGUCUGAGAAGCAAAUUUAUGUCACUACACUGAUUAACAAAUGCCCAACUCAAAGAUCUAGAAAUCGAAAACAAGAAGACCAAUCAAGACGAGCGUAUUCAUACUCAUACUUUCUUAACAAACAAAGUAUCAGAUUAAAAGUAUGCAAAACAAUGUUCUGCAAUACUCUCAACAUACCAAAAAGAACAGUUAGCUAUUGGCUUCUUGAAAAGAACAUUGAUAGUACCCAGGAUAUUGCAGUACAAAAAGAAAUUAAUCCUAGGCAGAGGAAAAUAAAUAAACAGAAAGAGGACUUGAUAUUAUUUUUGAAUAGCUUACCCAAGCUGGAGUCACACUACUGUAGAAAGUCCACUAGUAAGCUUUAUUUAGAGCCAGUUUGGACCUCCAAAUUAGAACUUUACCGGCUUUAUAAAAACGAUUGGUGUACGGAGAACAACUUAUUACCAUUAUCUGUUGCAUCUUUUUCAAACAUGAUUGACGAUCAGAACAUCGCGUUAUUUUCACCGAAGAAAGACGAAUGCGACAAGUGUGUAGCUCAUAAAACAGGAAAUAUCAGCUUAGAAAUAUUUGAAGAACAUCAAGUUAAAAAAGAAGAAGCACGAAAUGAAAAACAGAAAGACAAAGAAGCAGAAAAUUGUAAUGUAUACACGAUGGAUUUGCAGUCGGUAUUAUUAUCUCCGAAGUCCAAUGUCUCCUCCCUAUACUACAAGACAAAACUGAUUGUCCACAAUUUCACAGUUUUUAAUCUUAAAACCAAAGAUGGUUAUUGCUACAUUUGGCACGAAGGACAAGGGGGACUGACAGCCAACAUUUUCACAUCAAUAUUAUAUAGCUUCGUCAGAAACCAUGUAAUGCAGGAAAAUGAAGCCGUAAGCAAGAUUAUUUUUUAUAGUGAUGGCUGUAGCUGUCAGAACAGGAAUGCAUUGCUCUCCAGUGCCCUUUUAAACUUAUCCCAAGAGAGUAAAAUACAAAUUGAGCAGAAGUAUCUUGAAAAGGGACACACGCAGAUGGAAUGCGAUUCAAUGCAUUCAAGUAUUGAAAGGAAGCUUAAAAAGAAAAUUAUAAACGUCCCAGCUGAUUACGUAGAAGUAUGCCAAUCAGCACGUCUCAACCCAAGACCUUAUAUUGUCAACUACUUGGACUACACAUUUUUUAAAAAUUUUGAGAGUAUGCAAGUUCUUAAUUCCAUAAGACCCGGAAGGACCACAGGGGAUGCGGUUGUCACCGAUAUCAGAGGCCUAAGAUAUAGCCCAGAUGGGUCCAUCAUGUUUAAAAUUCGUCACCCAGAAGAAUGGAAACCUUUACCAUGUCGCCUGAAUAAAAAUAAAACUGUUCUAUCGUAUGAUGCCCUCCCCCAACUUUACGAUGCACCAAUACCAAUUAAAAAGGAGAAAUUUCAACAUUUAAUGGAUUUAAAACUGUCUUUAAAGAAAGACUACCAUGCGUUCUAUGAUAGUUUGUCCCACUUAUAA